GAGCCUGAGGAGCGCCCUGAGAAGACCCUCUCUGCAGGAUGUUCUCUCCACCAAAGAGCUCCGUGUAGCAGGCGACGAUGACAAUCCCGGCGGCGCCUCGGAAAGCGCUAACGUUUCCGUAGCCCGGUGCCCGCGGCGGUCGCGUCUCCCUCCUUCUCCACACCCGUCUCCCGCCACGCACCGGGAUGCUGUAUUGACAAAGAGGAGUCCUGCUUCUUCUCUCCUCCCCCCUCGACUUCCGGCAGCUCCUGGAUUUGUAUGGCAGCAGCGUAACCGUGGAGAGGCCGGGGUAUCACAAACUUAUGGAUUUUGAUAAGAGAGGAGGGAAAGGGGAGCUGGAGGAAGGUAAAAGGAUGUCCAAGGCAGGUGGAGGAAGGAGCAGUCAUGGAAGCCGGAGUGCUGGAACCAACUCGGGAGUCUUAAUGGUGGGUCCCAACUUCCGCGUCGGCAAGAAGAUUGGAUGCGGCAAUUUCGGGGAGCUCCGUCUAGGGAAGAACCUCUACACCAACGAGUACGUGGCCAUCAAAUUGGAACCCAUCAAAUCCCGGGCCCCGCAGCUGCACCUGGAGUACCGGUUCUACAAGCAGCUGGGCAACGCAGAAGGAAUUCCUCAGGUUUACUACUUCGGGCCGUGCGGGAAGUACAACGCCAUGGUGCUGGAGCUGCUCGGCCCCAGCCUGGAGGACCUCUUUGACCUGUGCGACCGGACCUUCACACUCAAGACUGUCCUGAUGAUCGCGAUCCAGCUGAUCACGCGGAUGGAGUACGUCCACACCAAAAGCCUCAUCUACAGAGACGUCAAGCCAGAGAACUUCCUGGUGGGGCGGCCGGGGAGCAAGCGGCAGCACACGAUCCACAUCAUCGAUUUUGGCCUGGCCAAAGAGUAUAUUGACCCCGAGACCAAAAAACACAUCCCCUACCGAGAGCACAAGAGCCUGACGGGGACGGCGCGCUACAUGAGCAUCAACACCCACCUGGGCAAGGAGCAAAGCCGCAGGGAUGACCUGGAGGCGCUGGGCCACAUGUUCAUGUACUUCCUCCGUGGGAGCCUCCCUUGGCAAGGCCUCAAG